UCCUAUAUUUGAAAGUCUCCCGCAAGGCCACAACUUUGAAGGACGACGCAGGAUAUUACUAUAUUAGUCACCAUGUGUAUCAAGUAUUAAUAGCUUUAGCCUUCAAAAUCUGCCCAUCAGAAGAAAAUCACUCUGCUGUCUGUUUGUUACAUCAAUUGGCAACAUGAUUCACUGGUGCUUGUGGUUACUGAUGCUGCUGCUACUGGCAAGUAACAUCUCACAUUCACAAGCUUCCAGGAAAAGUGAAAAUAAGAUCAAAUCUGCUGUUUUUCUAUCGCCUAAACUGCCAUUCAGACCGGGAUCAGUACUGAACAAAUAUUACUACAACAUUGGCUUUCCCAAAGGUCAUAUUGCUAUCAAGAGUUUCAAUGGUGAACUCGUCGACGAGGCUCUAAAUCCAGUCCCCCUUCACGAAACGUAUCUGCAUCACUGGGUUGUUGAAAGAUACUAUCAGCGCAAAGAGUCGGAUAAUUUAAACAAUACCAGAAUUCAACUGAUGAGCAAUGGCCUAUGCCAGGAUACUAUUCUCAGGCAGUAUUUCGGUCUUGGAUCCGAAACGCGAAAAACAGCAACACACAUUCCAGAUCCUUAUGGAAUAGAAGUUGGUAAUCCUGUCAAAAUUCCUGACGGAUAUGAGGAGAUAUGGAUGCUUAAUAUCCACGGGAUUGAUACGCGAGGUGUGGAAAAUAGAUUGGGAUGCACUGAAUGCUGGUGUGAUCUAUAUAAUGUCACACCUUAUUUGAAUGGUCAGCCAUUGGGUCCAGACGACUACAAAGGAGGUCUAUUAUGUUGCAGCGAUGGAAAGCAGUGCAGAUUAAGGCAAGAAUUUAAGGGUGCCAAAAGGAACCUCUAUCUGAGAUAUACAGUAAAAUGGGUUGAUUGGGAUAGUAAUAUAAUUCCCGUCGACAUUUAUGUCUUCGAUGUCACAGAUACAGAGGAGAGGUUGAAUACCUCCGGCGUAAUUAGUCUGCAACAUAAUUGCCAGAUUGAGUAUGAUGCUGGGUCUUGCAAUGCUACUGGUGUAGCCAGGAACCGGUGCAUCGUUGGCAUACGGACGAGCCUCUCCAUUCCGACUGACGGGUAUCUCAUCUAUGGUGUUGGCCAUCAACAUGUAGGGGGUGUUGGUAUAACUCUAUACGGAAAGCAUGGACGCGUUUUAUGUCCUUCAGUACCGGCUUAUGGUAAAGGGAAAGAAGCGGGAAAUGAGGCUGGUUAUAUUGUUGGAAUGUCAACCUGUUAUCCUAAACCAGGCUCUCUCAAGAUCACCGGCGGGGAGACUCUUGUUCUGGAGUCGAAUUAUAACGGUACCCGGAACCACAUAGGAGUGAUGGGACUCUUCUAUAUUUUGGUUGCAGACCGUAUUGCAUAAACAAAGUCCUCAAGCAGUAGCUGUUGCUAUGAGUGGCUUGUUUAUAGAGGUGAAAUUUGGUGGGGGCUGUAAGGUACUUCCAGUGUUUGUGGUAUAUGUAUAUGUGUAAUGUGUUUGUUACAUUGCAAAUGCAGUGUGCAAGUAAUGUUGCAAUAUAGCCUUGUUGAUGUACUGAGGUGAUAUUAUGGUGAAAUCGAGUAUCUUGUUCAUGGUGUUAGUC